AUGUUAGCGUGUGGUAGAGCUCUGUUAAACCCCAAGAUCGUGGGUGGAGCUUCAGCAUCUCCGGGACACUGGCCCUGGCAGAUUCAUCUCCUCACGACCAAUUCAAAGGGACAGAGGGUUCUCUGUGGAGGGUCCCUGAUAAACCAUGAGUGGGUCCUGACUGCUGCCCACUGCCUUAAGGACAAAGUGAUGGACCUGACCCAGGUCUCUCUGGGCUUCAGCUCCCUCAGUGACUCACCUGUGCAGAGGGGUGUGGUCCAGGUGGAACUGCAUCCAGACUACAAUGACACAGGGAGCGACAUCGCCCUCUUGAGACUGUCCUCUCCGGUCACAUACACGCGCUUCAUCCAGCCCGUGUGCUUGGCUCACACUAACAGCUACUUCGACCACGGACAGAGCACCUGGGUGGCCGGAUGGGGCCGCCUGGAGGAGGGAGGUAUUAAAGCAUUUAAAGACUCCCUCCAGGAGGUGUGUGUGCCUGUGGUGGAGCUGGCGGUCUGUAGCAAAGACUAUGGGGUCACUCUUCUCCUGUACGACAACAUCCUGUGUGCUGGAUAUGAAGAGGGAGGGAAGGGCACCUGUCAGGGUGAUUCUGGGGGUCCCAUGCUGGUGAAGCAGGGCAGUGUUUGGGUGCAGGCUGGCAUCGUGAGCGCCUCUGCUGGAUGUGCUCGACCCAGAAAACCCGGAAUUCUGACGGAUGUUUCCAAGUUCCAUGAUUGGAUUCAGACCAUGGUGGGAACAGAGGACCCCCCGGGAUUUACUGCCACUGCAUGUGGAGGAACCCUGUCAGACAUCAGGAUGGACUUCAGGAUCGUAGACGGAAAUCCGGCCUCUCCGGGAGCAUGGCCGUGGAUGGUUUCUGUCCUCACAGGCAACUUGGAGGGAGGGAGGUUUUUCUGUGGAGGGUCCCUGAUAAACCACGAGUGGAUCCUGACUGCUGCCCACUGCCAUAUGGAGAAAGUGAUGGAUCUGACUGCCGUCUUUCUGGGCAUCACUUCUCUGAGUGAGACACCUGUGCAGAGGAGCGUGGUCCAGGUGGAGCUGCAUCCAGACUACAGCGGUGCAGGGAGCGACAUCGCCCUCUUGAGGCUGUCCUCUCCGGUCAAUUACACAAGCUUCAUCCGUCCUGUGCCCCUGGCUCAGACCAACAGCUACUUCGACCAUGGACAGAGCGCCUGGGUGAUCGGGUGGGGGCUCCCGGAGGAGGGAGGUGGAAGUCUUUCCGAGACUCUCCAGGAGCUGUGUGUGCCUGUGGUGGAGUGGGACGUCUGUAGCACAAAUUAUGAGAUCCUUCAGGUCCUGGAAAACACCUUCCUGUGUGCUGGAUAUGAAGAGGGAGGGAAAGGCAUCUGUAUGGGUGACUCUGGGGGCCCCAUGCUGGUGAAGCAGGACAGUGUUUGGGUGCAGGCUGGAAUCGUGAGCGCCUCGGAGGGAUGUGCCCGACCAGAAAAACCCGGAAUUCUGACGGAUAUUUCAAAGUUCCAAGACUGGAUUCAGAUCGUGGUGGGAGCAGAGGACCCUCCGGUUCUGAAGCACAAGAACCUUUUUGAAAAUCAUAGGAUUGCAGCUUGUGGCAAAGCCGCGCUGAACCCAAGGAUUGUGGGCGGGAAAGAUGCUCCUCCAGGAAACUGGCCCUGGCAGGUUUAUAUCAUCACAACCAACUCCUCAGGGUCGAGCUUCGCCUGUGGAGGGUCCCUGAUCAACAGUGAGUGGGUGCUGACUGCCGCACACUGUCUUACGGAUAUGGUAGCAAACCUGACAGAAAUGUAUCUGGGACGUCAGCUACUGUCUGGUCCCAAUCCCAACGAGGUGAAGAAGAUGGUGGUGCAGGAAGAGAUCCACCCCGACUACAACACUCUCGGAAAUUUUAAUAACGACAUCGCUCUCCUCAAGUUGGACACCCCCGUGUCCUACUCCGACUACAUCCAACCGGUGUGCCUCGCCCAGAAGGACUCCACUGUCGAACAAAGGCAGAGCUCAUGGGUGACAGGCUGGGGGCUACAGCAGGAAGGGGGGAAUGUUUCAGAGACGCUUCAGGAGGUGUGUGUCCCGGUGGUGUCCGACGCUUUGUGCAAGCAGCAGAAUGGGAAUGAUUUACAGCCGGAGAUCAUCUGCGCCGGUUUCGCAGCAGGAGGCCGGAGCGCCUGCCAAGGCGACUCGGGUGGCCCCAUGGUGGUGAAGCAGGGUGGUGUUUGGGUCCAGAUCGGGAUCGUGAGUUUGGGUGUCGGAUGUGCCCGACCAAACAACGCCGGGAUCUACACCGAGGUCCUGUUCUUCCAGGACUGGAUCCAGGUCAUCCUCGCCUGGGGACCUGGGCUUAAACUGUGGGGUUGA